AUGUAUUGCCAAAAAUGCAGGACACCGUUAAAGCUAGACAAUUCUCUCGAACAGCUCAACCCAGCGGCGUUUGAGCUACUCACCAACUCCACAGGCAGAACACUACCUGGACAUGGCACUGGAUCGCCCGCAACCAAAAUAACCUACCCUUCGGACCGCCGGGAACUCUACGAUCGCGCCUCCACGAAUGCUACAACGCCGGUUUAUAGGAGGUCGAUUCCUGGCCCCCGAUCGGGGAACCAUGGCCAUCCACCGGGCUUACCUCGAGGCGACAGCGGAAAUAUGUCGUUCGUGAUGCUUACAGAAUCGCAAUUUGUACCUCCCCCCGUGGAGAGCCUACCGACUCGUCCCAAACAAAACAUUACCGGACAGAGUCAGGAGAAUACUCAGGAUGAAGGGUCAUAUUCCAGCCAAAUCGAACGAACUACUCGGCUUUUUGAAAUCGUUUCAGCACGCUCGGAUAUCGACCACCCGAUCUGUGUAGAAUGUACGGAUAUGCUGGUAGAAGCGAUGCAGAAACGGCUCGCAGGAGCUACUAAGGAGCGUGAUGCCUAUAUCUCUUUCCUAAGAAGCCUGAAUUCGACAGUCCCAACAACGGAGGAACUAGAAGCAGCAGAUAAAAGUUUGAAAGAAAGCCUUGAAGCUGAAAAAGAGGCAUUCGCAGAACUAGAGGCCUUGGAGCGAGAAAAGUCCGAUCUAGACAAAGAAAUCGCUGGUCUGGAAGAAGAAUCACAACAACUUGACGAGGAAGAACAAGCGUUUUGGAGAGCUCGUAACGGCUUUACUCUGACAUUAGCAGAAUUUCAAACCGAACGAGACGCAUUGAAUAUGCGCUACGACCACGACUCGCAGCAGCUAGAACGGCUGCAACGGACAAAUGUCUACAAUGACGCGUUUUGCAUCGGCCAUGAUGGAUAUUUUGGGACGAUCAACGGCUUGCGGCUAGGCCGUCUAGCUAAUCCUUCGGUCGAGUGGCCCGAAAUCAACGCGGCUUGGGGUCAGACCUGUCUACUCUUAGCUACGAUUGCAGAGCGCCUUGGGUUUCAAUUUCAGGGUUAUCGGCUGAAACCUCUUGGGUCCACCUCUCGGAUCGACAAGAUCGAGUAUCCCGUUCAUUCAGGUAGGCAGGCUCCGACUGAACGAGCGCAGCCCAAGAUUGAACAGUAUGACCUAUUCUCGUCUGGAGAUCUACCUCUCAAUCUCCCCUGGCUGCACCGUCGCUUUGAUUCGGGCAUGGUGGCGUUCUUAGAGUGUCUGCGCCAGCUGGGGCAGUUCGUCGAAUCAACCCCUGCUCCAGUCGCAUCGCCUCGCCGGGGCCAGACUGGGGCCACAGCCCCAGGACUAAGGCUGCCCUAUGAAAUCCAGCGAGAUCGUAUUGGUGACGCCAGUAUCAAGCUUGGAUUUAAUCAGAAUGAUGAAACCUGGACUCGUGCCUGCAAAUAUACACUGACGUGCUGCAAGUUCUUGUUGGCACAUGCAAGCAAUGUUGCCAGCGCAGGAUCCAAUAAUUCUGCUGUGGCAGCUGCAGCUGUGGCAGCUGCUGAUCAGGCUCGGCAGACCCCCGCCAAAAAUCAACCCUGA